AUGUCGCGCGCCCCUCUGCUGCGCUCCUCGCCAGCCUCGUCCUACGGUACUGUGCACAUGCCCCGCGACCCCGGGGACGACGACCCCGAUGACCCCGGCCCCUCCGCCGUGAGGAUCCCCGCCAAGAAAAGAUCGCAUUCGCCCGGGCACCGACGGAAGAGCGGCCGGCAUGCCCGAGCGUACCACCGACGACCCUCGUCGGCCACAUCGGACGUGGGCCUGGGUGCCGACUCCAAGUGUUCGUUCGCGACCGGGCUGGCCGUGCCGGGCAAUGCCGUCCUGCAAGAGACCCCAGCCUCCUCGCCCUACGUGACCAGUGACGAUGAUGAGGAUGUUCUAGACAUUGAUGACGAUGAUGACAAGUCUACAGAUGAUGAUCCUCCAGACAAUUCCCCCCCCUCGCAUGUGGACCCUCGCGUUGAUCUUUUCAUUAACGGGUUCGGCGGCCAACCUUUCUGGGAUGUGCUUCUCAAGCGAAACGAUGACCUCGUCGAGGUCUUUGAGAAUGGGACUUUCCUCCAUCGGGAAUCGACUGCGGCUGACCUCGACGUCCCUAAUCUCACCUGGACCUCCCGUGUCAGACUUUGGCUCGCCCAAGGCCGUUGGAACGAAAAAGAGCAUGCAUGUGUCUAUAUCAGCAGCAACGUCUCCUUCGGAUUUGCUUUUGCAACGGAUGUCAUUGUUGAACAGCACAAAUUCUACAAGCAAGAGGUCCCCAUUUCCUACCAACUUCUGCUCAUCAUCUCAACCCAAGUUCUCGGCUAUGCCUUUGCAGGCCUCACUCGGCGGUUUCUGGUACGACCAUCGGCCAUGAUCUGGCCGGGCACUCUCAUGUCCACCGCCAUGUUCUCCACGAUGCACAAGUCCGUCAACAAGAAAGCAAAUGGAUGGCGAGUUUCACGAUACCGGUUUUUCAUCCUAGUGUGGGGAGGUUCCUUUCUCUGGUAUUUCGUCCCAGGGUUGCUGAUGCCCGCCCUGAGUUAUUUCAAUGUCAUCACUUGGCUAGCUCCGAAGAACGUCGUGGUGUCGAAUCUGUUUGGCGUGGCCUCGGGUCUCGGCAUGUUCCCUUUGACCUUUGACUGGGCACAGAUUGCGUACGUAGGUUCUCCUUUGCUGACACCGUGGUGGGCAGCCGCCAAUAUUGUGACGGGAUUGGUCGUGGUCAUCUGGUUUCUUUCUCCGAUACUCCGCAUCUUGACCAAAGAUUUCUUGUUCGACUGGAAAGCAUAUGAAAAAUAUUCUCCGGUCUACCUUCCGAUCACUUAUGUGCUCUCCUACGCUGUCCAGUUUGCAGCGUUAACAUCGUUGGCCUUCCAUGAACGAGAAGACCCACCGAACUUGGAAACAUACCAGCCGUUGAGUGGAAACGGCGGGCCUGCUACUGGUCGACAAAGCUAUGGUCUUUCCCGCAAUAGUUCUCGUGACUACCCUCGGGAGGGCUUAGGCGUGGAGGAUGUUCAUUGCCGCCUCAUGCGCCGUUACAAGGAUGCUCCGUUGGCGUGGUACCUCAUUGUGCUCAUCUCCAUGCUGGCAAUUGCUAUAUUCACCGUCGAACACUACCCGGUGCAUCUGCCCUGGUACGGAUUGCUUUUGGCUUUGGGUGUCACGGCCGCAUUCUAUGUUCCGAUCGGGAUCAUCAUGGCCAUCACCAAUCAGCAUAGUAGUCUCUAUCUGAUCUGUCAACUUCUCUGUGGGAUUGUUUUCCCCGGACGACCAGUGGCGAACAUGAUCUUUGUGACGUACUCCUAUAUCAGUUCCGCUCAAGGGAUCAAAUUCUCCGCAGACCUGAAGCUGGGCCACUACAUGAAGAUCCCUCCUCGCAUUCUUUUUGGUGUGCAGAUGACAGCGACCCUGGUCUCCAGCCUGACCCAGAUUGGGGUUUUGAACUGGAUGUUUACCUACAUCCCGGGCCUGUGCACUCCGGAGGCGAUCAAUGGCUUUAACUGCCCCAUUGCUCGUGUCCACUUCAACGGGAGCAUUCUCUGGGGCGUUGUCGGACCGCAACGUUUCUUUGGACCCGGAAGGUUAUAUCGACCUCUCGUGUGGGCGUUUCUGGUCGGUGCAGCUGCCCCUCUCGGUGCGUGGCUGCUCGGGCGUCGGAACAAGAAGAGCUUCUGGCGCAAAGUCAACUUCCCCAUUCUGUUUGGUAGCCUCAGUUGGAUCCCUCCGGCCACCGGGCUGAACUUUUCCAUCUGGGCACUGGUGUGCUUCGUAUUCAACUAUGUCAUCCGGCGGAAAAAGACUGCCUGGUGGGAAAAGUACGCGAUGACGCUCUCGGCCGCCCUCGAUUCCGGGCUGGCAUUUUCCGUGGUGGUCGUUUUCUUCGCCUUCAUCUACCCCGGCUGGGCCGAGGGGCUCCAAUGGUGGGGUACUGAGAUCUACAAACAGGGCUGUGACUGGCUUGCUUGUCCGAAAAUGUCGACUCCUACAAAUCCCAUGAAUGGUCGCACCCCGACAGGGUCGAACGGAGCUCCGCCGAUGAGAAUUCGCCGCCCGAAAGUGGCAGACCCUUUGGUUCGACCGAAGAGAAAGCCUACUGCCAAACCCGCUGGGACUGCGCCUUCCGGUAACGCGACCGCUACGAAGACCCUGCCGACGCACCCACCCACAUCGAAUGCCCAGCCAGCAGCUCAGCCGGAGAAGGUUCGUCUUCCGCCAACGCAGAACAAUGCCGCUGUGAACGGAUUCAGUGGGCCCUUAAUUUCCGAAAAAUAUGUCGACUACCCACUUGUGACAACCAAGCGAGCUCUACGGGAGGGGCUGAAGCACCACAUUGCGAGGUUUGCCUCGAAGAAGAGUGUUGACCCUCGGGAUGAGUCGCAGUUUACGCGACCAGUUCGACUUCACCGCCGCGAUCCGCGAUCCCGAUCUAGUGAAGUAGAUAAAGGCCAUGGCUUUGGGGAUGUUGGACCGGAUGGCCAGCCGUUGGCGUUGAACGAAGCGGAACGCGAAGCUCUUGACGCGAGAAAAGUAGCGCGUGAGAAAGAGCGUGCCGAAAACUUGGCCCAAAUCGCCCCCGCUGUUGGAAUGGGCCCGAAACGAUCGAAUGGCCCCAAGCAGAAGACGCAGCAAGUGUACAAGUCAGACCUGACGCCUGAGGAGGUGGCCAGGGCACGACUCAAGUACGAAGAAGCACUGCCCUGGCAUCUCGAGGAUUUUGACAACCGCAAUAUCUGGGUAGGAAAUUACGAGGCAGCCCUGUCCGAGACCCAUGCGAUGUUUGUUCUUGAAAAUUCAGGCAAAAUGAGGAUGAUCCCCGUGGAGAAAUGGUACAAAUUUAACGCCAAAAGCAACUUCAAGGCUUUGACCAUUGAGGAGGCAGAAAAAUACAUGGCCAAGCGGAUCAAAGACCCAAGAUGGUUCAUGGAGAAGCAGCAGGAGAUCGCUCAACAGAAGGAACUGGAGCAGUUUGCGAAACAGCGCAAGGUGUACGCUGGUAAGCAGGGCGUUGCUGCUGGAGGAGGGGAGGGCCUGGAGGCCGGCGAAAUGGACUUUGAGGAAGACCGCUUCGCCGAUGAUGAAGAGCACGACGAUCUUUUUAAUGAUGACGAGGAUGCCAAGGCUGCCGAGAAGCGGAUCAAGGAGGACCAACUCAAAGCGAAUGUCUUCGAUCUCAAGGAGGAGAAGGACUACGAGAACGAAGAGCUUCGGGAAAAGAGGGAGCGAGAGGCUCGUCGCGUGCUAGGGAAGAAGGUGCGAAAGGCGCUUAAGAAGAGAGAGAGAAACUACGACUACAGCAGUGGUUCGGAUGCCAACCCCUAUACUGAUGACGAGAGCUCCGAUGACAGCGAAACCGAGCGGCUGAAGGAAGAAGAGCGCAAAGCAGAGGAGGAAAAGAACCAGAAAGAAUCGGCGUCGUCUUCCAAAGGAACCAAUACCCCUUCCGGCCGCCCUAAGCAUACGGACGCCCUGAAGAAGACGGCGGCAUCUCGCAAGCGCCCUGGAUCACCUAAUGCCUCCGAUGCUAGCGGCACUGAUACCUCUCGGAAGAAGGCAAAGAGCAAGCACCAGACCUCUCAGCCUGCAUCGCGCCCUAUGUCUCCGUCUGCUGUUUCGUCGGUCCAGGCUGGCAAAAAGCGUAUUCGGAACAUCCCGCCUGGAGCAUCUGGGUCUGGGAGUGACGUGGAUGGAGGCGCCGGAUCUGCAGGGGAGAUGAGCGAGAGCAGCAAGACCAAGAAGCUAAAGUUGAACCCUCCAGCCCCAGGAUCCCGAGGUGGCACCCCCCAGGGAUCGCGGGCUGGAAGCCCUACAGCCGGUGGCCGGAGCUUCUCUGGUAGCCGUGCAAGCAGUCCUGGUAAGUCAUUAUUUGUGAGAGCCUUCUCUUGGAAAAUCCAUACUGAUUCUACGCUAGGUCAAGGUCGGUCAACCCCAGGACCAUCUGGAACAUUCCCUACUCCAGCGGAGAUCCAUGCGGCCAUUCCACCGACAGGAAUUCUCAGCAGCGAUCUCCUGAGGAUUUUCCGUCCACGCAUUGGAGACGACCACCAGAAGUUCAUCUCCAUCGUCAAAGACGUCAGCGUGUAUGGGAAGGAGGAUCGAAUGCUGCGGCCUGGUCCUUGGAAGGAGACCUAA